AUGGUGAUGGAGGCAUCGGCAGCUGGAGGAGCGGCAGUGGCGCCGUGGGAGCUGGUUGGGCCAGAGGAGCAGCUGUUUGUGCUGAUUACGGGUGCCAACAGCGGCAUCGGUCUCGGCACGGGACAGCGCCUGAUCGACGAGUUCCUGGCGACGCGCUCCCUCAAGGCGCACCUGAUCCUCAUCCCCACGACGCGAUCGCCGUCCAAGUCCCUGGCGGCCAUCCAGGCCCUCCGCGCACACGCCGAGCUGGCGGCGAAGACCUCGGCGGCGUUGCGGUCCAGGGCGGGCGAAGGGUAUCGCUGGCAGGACGCGACUCGGCGCAUCCACGUGCUGAGCCUGUCGCUGGACCUGUGCGACCUGCCUGGCGUGUAUGCCUUUGCGGCGCGGCUGGUGGGCGGGACGGUGAGCAACCCGGAGGGCCUGGAGGGGGAGUAUCUGCGGGACGUGAGGAUCCCGCGGCUGGACACGGUGAUUUUCAAUGCGGCGUAUGGGGGGUGGUCGGGGUGCAAUUAUCCUUUGGCUGUGUGGAACAUGUUGUCGCAGGGCUUGGUGCAGGCCGUGACGUAUCCGACGUUUAAGAAUUCGCUGGCGACGUGUAUACUGAACGAGCAGCAGAGCUACGGAUACCCCGAGAAGCCUGUCCUCGGCGAAGUCUUUUGUGCCUGCGUCUUCGGCCACUACAUCCUCGCACAUCAGCUUCUACCGCUGCUCUCUCGCCGCUCUACCAGCGAAUCUCGCGGCCGCAUCGUCUGGUCCUCCAGCAUCGAGGCCAUUCGCGACGUCUAUAACCCCGACGACAUGCAGUGCUUCCUCAAGCCUGCUGCAUACGAAUCUGCCAAGCGUCUUACCGAUAUCAUCGCCUUGACGUAUAGCCUCCCCUCCGUCCGACCGUUUUCGGGACCUUUCUUGAGCAUCGAUGAGGAAUCGGGUGGGGAUGCUGCUGAGAAGCCCGUCCCGCCGAAGAUGUACGUCACGCACCCUGGUGUCGUGGCCAGCACGCUGUUCCCCGUGCCGUGGUUCCUGUUCUGGGCGUACGAGCUUGCUCUCGUCAUUGCGCGCUGGGUUGGAUCGCCGUGGCAUCCUGUCGAUGGCUACAGGGGAGCUGCAUCGGCGGCUUGGCUUACGCUGCAGGACCAGGCGGCGCUGGACGAGGUGCAGGCAGAUCGCAUCAAAUGGGGGAGCAGUUGUAACAGGCAUCUGGAAUCAACAGUGAAGAAGACAGAGGUCGAAGGCUGGGGGUGGGAAGGCAAACCAGAGACGGACGAGACGAUUGCCGCCGACACGGCCAAGGGGCUGCUGCACAAGUCGGUGGGAAGACGGCUGGGGACGAAGAACGUCACGAAGGAGGCGCUGAUUGAGUUUGAGGUGGAGGGGGCCAGGGCAUGGCAGGAGAUGGAGAGCUUGAGGCGGCAGUGGUCGAAGAUUAUAAAGUUGGAUAAAAACUAG